GAGGUGUAUGGCAACAAGUGCAUGCAGGAGUGCAAUGGCGUGGGCACGUGUCACUACGACACUGGCCGCUGCCGCUGCCGCAUCGGAUACACAGGGGCGGACUGUUCACACAUGGACGCGCAUCCCUGCUCCUCCCCACCCACUUCCUCCCCCGGAGUGGUGGCUGGGAGUGCGUGGGCGUGUGCGGGCGAGUGCGACCUGCACUCGGGCCUCUGCUUCUGUGGCUCCAAUUCCCUCUUCCCCCUCCGCCCCGUCCCCGACCCCUGCGGCUUCGCACAUGACCUAGCAGCAUCGGUGGACAGAACUCGAAAGGACACGGAAGCCCUCUACGCCAACACCACGCACUACCCCGGCUGGUGCAACACACGCCCAGAGGCGGUGGGCGUGGGCAUGGGGGGCAGCAUGGCGAUGGGAGGGGCGGAGCCCAGGGCGCGGUGCACGUGUGACUAUGACGGGGCUGUGGGCGCCUUCUGCCAUGUUCCUGUGGCGGCCUUCUGUGUGAAUCAGUGCUCGGGGCAUGGCACGUGUAUACGAGGGCACUGCCAGUGCAACGAGGGCUGGUUCAGCGUUGAUUGCAGCGUGCCCUCCCAAGCCACCUUCGCCGAUCCUCAGCUCCCGGCCUGGCUCCAGCCCUUCGACCAGGCCAAGAGGGGGAGACAGGAAGAGGAGGAGGGGGAGGGAGAAGGGGAGACAGAAGAAGAUGCGGAGGGAGGAGGAUAUGGUGGUGAGGGUGCUGCUGAUGCUGGGAGAAACGCUGCUGGUGGUCGGGCAGGUGCAGUAGGCGCAGCAGGGGGAGCAGUUGGAGCAGGGGGGCGGAACGAGGUGGUGAAGCGGCGGCCGUUGAUCUACAUCUACGAUCUACCGCCGCAGUUCAACAGCAACUUGCUGCAGGGCCGGCGCGGCAAGAAGGAGUGUGUGCCUCGGCUGUACGACCGGCUCAACCGCACCGCCUUCCUUCCCGACCACAUCCAUGGCAUGGAGAUCGCCCUGCACGAGGCGUUGCUGGCAAGCAAGCACCGCACGACCAACGCGGAGGAGGCGGAUUUCUUCUUUGUGCCCGUCUACGCCUCCUGCUUCUGGCUGCGCCUCACCAACGGGGGAGAUGCUUCCGGCAUCCAGCUCCUGCCGCACGUGCAGGGCAACUGGGCGUGGCACGUGGCAGAGAUGUACGCUGCAGUGCACCGCCACAUCGUGCAUACCUACCCCCACUGGAACCGCAGCCGCGGCCGCGACCACCUCUGGCCCAUGGGCACGGACGAGGGGGCGUGUCUGGCCCCUCAAGCCAUCUGGCACGGAAGCAUGCUUACGAGCUGGGGGAACAGCAUGGCGGCUCACUCCCACUCCGUCAAGGCGGCACCGCAGCAGCGGUGGGACGACAUCCCCCUGACGCUGAGGGGCGGCCACCUGUGCUACUCUGCCGCCAAGGAUAUUGUGCUGCCAGCCUGGCUGCCGCCCAAUGUGAAGCACCUGCAUGAACAGUACUGGCUCAGGUCAUUUGAGGAGAGGGAGCACCUCUUCUAUUUCGCUGGUGACUUAGGCUCGGAGUACAAGGGGGGCUCCUCAGAUAGCAGGUUCAGCUUCGGCAUUCGGCAGGCCGUGGCUCGAGAGUUUGCCUCAGUGCCGAACAGCAAGGGGAAGUUGGGGUCGCAGCAGGAGGAGGGGGUGAUUGCAACGAAUGAGAGGGGCAAGGGUCACAGCGCACAGCUGGGCAAUGCCCGGUUCUGCGGGGUCUUCCCCAGCAAUGGCUUUAAUGCUGACAUGGAAGAGGCGAUGAAGCAUGGGUGCAUCCCUGUUAUCAUUCAGGACGGCAUCCACCUGCCAUUUGAGAACGCCUUGGACUACGCUUCAUUCUCAGUGCGCAUAGAGGAGAGGGACAUUCCCGACAUGCUCACCAAGCUCAAGGCUAUCACUGCAGAGCAUGGGAGUGCGCUGCAAGGUACAGUGCAGAAGGUGUGGCAGCGGUUGUCGUACCAUUCGGUGAUCGCACAGGAGGCCAAGAGGCAGCAGGACGAGUAUGGGCACAACGAGGCGUGGGCUUUUGGCAUCAGCUUGCUGAAAGAUGACGACGCCAUUGAUACACUCAUAGAGCUUCUUCAAUUAUUCUCCUUCUGCGGAACGGUCACAAGAUGUGACUAUCUCAACAACGAAAGAUGUGAAGUUGAAGCGGCAGCUGUUUUGGCAAUGCAGAGAGCUAAGGAGAUAAGCAAGGUCCUGACAUCCAAGGCCUCACUGCAUGACCCGUUACAAAAAAGCAGGUACGAGAACGUUAACACAGAUGACAGGAGGAAGCCCAACUUUCAACCAAGACUCGGCCUCUCAUUCAAGGAUCGACACAAGGAAAGCUUCCUCAUACAUUGGUUCAAAACGCAGACAGGAGUGGGCAGACAACUGUGA